AUGGCUCCGAAUCUCCGCUCGUCCUCCCAUGCCUGGUCCAGCAACUCCCGCCCUUCCACUCCACUCGGCGCGCCGACUACAGCGAGUACCGCCUCCUCUUUUACUGAAUCGACAAGGCCGCGCAAGCAACGGCGGACUGGCAGGAACAGUCGCGUGGCCACCGAUCCUCUACAAGAUCCGCCCUCUCGAACCCAAUCGCGACUGGAACAAUCUAGGAACGGGACUUCAGAUACUUUGAGUGAAUCGCAUCUACUUGAUAGCAGUAUAGAAUGGGCGGAACCCCCUUUGAGGGCACCGGCUCCGAGUUACGCAGACACGCCGUGGUCCGCAGUGUCUAGUGACGCGAACCCCAUACUGUCCACGAUGCGCCCGCUGGGGGCCAUGCCAUCGGCGGCCGACUUGCGCAAGGCCGGACUGGCUCCCAUAAAGCCCAGUGUCCAGAACAUUUCUGCGAAAAAAGAGUCGCAAGCCACACCAAACGGCGAGAGAGGUGACGACAAACCUCAGACCCCUUUAACGCCCGCUGAGGAGCCGGUCGCCGAGCCUGUCCCGACCAAGACCAAGUCCUUACAGGACAUGUCUAUCUUCACUGCACUUCCUGUCCCUACAUCGACAGAUGUCGACGUAGAGCGGAUAAAAAUUGCGGUCGAAAAAGCCCUCCGCCUAGCGCUGGAGACAAACAACCGCCCUGUCUCACGCGGACUCCUCCGCUUAUGGGAAACUUGCAACAAAGACCCAUUUGCUCUCUCAAUCCUAGACGGUAUUUGCCAGGAGAAUCCCGGCCCGCGGGAACGCUCCGCUUUUCAGAGCGUCAUGCGCGCUGCCUGGAAAGAGGUCCAGGCGGAAGCCGGUGAGGAGUUUGCCACGGCGCCGGUCUUGGCUCGCCCUCGGUCGGCCAGCAGCAUCUCCUCUCUCUCUUCGGCAGUCUCACUUGAUGCCGAGACGUUUGCUCCGGGAAUGACGCCUGGCGUAGCAGCUUCACGCGGUCGCGGCAAGGGAAAACAGGCCAAGGGGAGUGCACCUCAAGCAAAGGAGGCCGAACCCGCAAGUCGCCAACCAGUCAUUCCAUCGAGUGCAGCUACGGUGCCCCAGCAAAGGCAUGCACUGGAAGCUGACCCAACUCCCGAGGAAACGUCACGGAUCAAACGGGCUCGCCUGCAGAAGGCUCUCCCGAACAUUGUUGCUUCAGAAAGUCAACUACGGUCUUCGUUGGCUUCCGGGCCUCUUUCCAACAUGUCUUCACCGGUCCCCACAACAACCAGCAGGUCUCAGGCAGCGUCAGUAGGAGUUGCUACAAGUAGCAGAGAGCGGUCUGAGAGUCCAGCCAGUAGCGAUGCCGGUGACAACCGACGGCUGACGCCUACCUUGAGCAGCGAAAACGAACGCCUAGAAAACAACGAUUUCUGCCAUAAUUGCAAUGGAAGCGGACAGCUUCUGUGUUGCGAUGGCUGUCCGAAUUCCUUCCAUUUCUCCUGUCUUAACCCACCUUUGGACCCAGCGAACCCCCCGGAGGGCGACUGGUUCUGUCCAAAGUGCUCGUUGUCGAGGCCUAUGACUUCCCUAUUAGGCGCGCUUGACAAUGCUCCACAAAAAGACUUCGCUUUACCGGCUAGACUCCGUGAUUACUUCAUUGGAGUGCGCACUGGAGAGGGUGGGAAAUAUGAGGAAAUUGUGCCCCUUCCAAAAAUCAAUCCCCGUGGUGGGCGAGGGAACCGUACUGGCCGUUAUGAUGAUCCAUAUUUGCUACGAACAGUGGACGCCAAAGGCAAUCUUAUUUUUUGCUCGGCUUGUGGACGCACGAGCAAUGGCCGUCGGCCCAUCAUUCAGUGCGAUUAUUGUCCUUGCGCCUUCCAUAUGGACUGUGUCGAUCCACCUCUAGCCAUACCUCCGACCCAGAGACCUGGCAGUGACCGGGUACAUCACAAUUGGAUGUGCCCCAACCACGUUUGGCAUGAUCUAGUUCAUACGGUCCAAGACGAGGAAGGUUAUGAUAUGAUAAAGCGCAUCCGUCGGCCGAAGCGGCCUCGGAUGGUAGACGUUGAGGUCCUUCCAGAUGAGGAAGAUGUCGAGAGAAUGGAAGACCAGGAAGAAGAGGGGAUUAUGUAUCGCGUUUCAGAGCGAGGCCUAAAACUCGACUUCAUCUACAGAGUCAAGCGGGAAAAUGAGGAGUAUAAGAUGAUGAAGGAGGCCGCCGACCGAUAUCUCGAGUAUGCUACCACGGAGUUCGAUAACCUCAUAGCCAAGGCCCACACGUUUUACUCAUCCCAAAGACCGGCUUAUUUGGAAGAGGACACAACCGCUGCAAUCCUGAACUCACGCACUGUUGCUGAACGGGAAGCUGCAGCAAAUCUCAUCACUUUCGCACAGGGCAGCCAGGCCAGUUUCGGGGCUGAAGAUGGCAAAAUUAGCCUGCUUAUUGAUCAGUUAAAAGCCAAUGCUCCGCGCAGUCUUCCCUCGGCCAAUACGGAAAUCGCUUCUCUUCGCGCUUUGCAAGAUCUAAUUGAGCAACGCAUCGAGGUUCUGAAUUCCCAAGUCGAACGGCCUCAACCCAUCAGCGCUGAGUCUACUGAUGCUCUAUCUACUGCAGCGCCAUUGACGACCAAUCCUAAACGCAGCCACAGCCAAUAG